AUGUCGAUCAAAGUUGCACUUGCCGGGGCCACCGGUAACUUGGGCCCAGCAAUCCUCGAGCAGCUUCUCAUCGCCGGUUUUGAUGUCACCGUCCUCACUAGACAGGGUAGUGACAAGACCUUUGACCCCAGAGUCCAUGUUGCAAAUGUGGAUUAUGAGUCUAUAGAUUCCCUCAAGCAUGCGUUGACGGGCCAGGAGGUGGUUGUCAGCACUCUGAAUGUUGGCGUCAUACCACUUGCCGUUCACCUCCGUCUGAUUGAUGCCGCAGCUGCUGUGGGAGUUAAGCGAUUCGUUCCCUCCGAGUAUGGCUGCGAGACCGUCAACCCUCAGACAGCUAAGCUUCCUGUCUUUGGAGAUAAGGUCAGCGUUCAGGACCACCUCAAGAAAUUAUCCCAGGAUUCCAGUCUCAGCUACUCAUUGCUCAUUACUGGUCCAUUCCUUGACUGGGGUCUUGCGCACAACUUCAUUCUUAAUUUGUCUGGUCCUGUUGCGACUCUCUACGACGGAGGCGAUAGGGCGUUCUCAACCACCACUCUCAAGGGCGUGGGCAAGGGCAUCGUUGGUAUCGUCAACAAUCUUGAUGCUACCAAGAACACUGCUGUGUAUGUUGAAGAAGCUCGGGUGUCACAGAAAGAACUUCUUCGGUUGUCUGGCAAGACCCUUGAUACCGAGAUUGUCGCGACCGCCGAUCUGGAAAAGGCAGCAUAUGAAGAGCUUCAAAAGCCAUCGCCCAACCCAGCAAUCCUCGCAACUAGCUUCAUCCGACGAGCUAUCUUUGGCGAAGGCUUCGGUUCUCUCUUUGAUACUUCAAAGCUUUCGAAUGAUUUGUUCGGCCUGAAGCAUCUCUCUGAGGAAGAGCUCCGUGGUCUUGUGACCAAAUAG